AUGGAAAAUUUAGAAUAAGAAUUUCAAAGUUAUUUGAACUUCAAAGACGUUACUCAACUCUUUCAUGAAGUAUGUGACGGUUUAAGUUUAGGCGAAAUGGUGCAUACAGAAUCUUUUAACUUGCAUGAUUCUAUGUCUUCCUCAGAAUUAUGUGAUCCUAAAAUGGAUUUAAAAGUAGGCUAUAGGGAAAUAGUUCAUCCUAAAGAUCAAAUAUCUCAAAAGUUAAUAAAAUCCGCAAAUGAAUUAAAUAACAAUGAAAUGAUUGCUAUGUUAGAUAGUCUUUUAGCUUAAGAAUUCAUGUGGUUAAAAGGAUAUUCCCUUUCAUAAACUCUUUACAAAUUUGUUUACUUUUAUGAUGAAGCCACUUAUAAAGAUAACUAAAUUAUAAAAUCUUAUAUUUAAGGAAUGUUCUUAAGUGGUACAGUUAUUUAUGAUACUCUCCGUUAUUCACCUUACCUUAGAGAAGAUGACUAUAUAGUUACUAUAUUUGGAUUCCCUAAAACAGAAAAUGAGCAAGUUCUUACUGAAGCUAUUCAAGAAGCUGAAAAAUCACUUGAUGACAAAAAAACUAAUGAAAAUAUGAGAAAAAAGAAAAACCUUCAAAUGAAUGAAUUCGAUGCAAUUGAUGCUAGAUUAAAGUAUAGAAAAGCUUUUUUGAGGUUAAUGCACUUAAUGAGCAAUUAAAAUUUCACCACAUAAAUUGAAUAGCAAAUUUAAUCGUAGAUUAAUAGCUGCAAAAAGAGACUUGAAGAGAUUAAGCAAACAUAUGAUCUUUUUGUUAAGAAUAAUAAUAUUAACCUAUCUGCUUACUUCUAAAAGGAUAUAAACAAAACAUUAAAUUGCUUAAUAUCUCCUCGUCCUAAUAUUGAAGUUACUAUUGAAGAAGGCUUUUAGAUGGCUGAAAACUUCUAUAACUAACUUGAAUAUAUUCUUUCAUUAAGUAAAGAAAGGGAUUUCAACUAGAUUAUUGAAAGAAUUAAAGAAUUUAAUUCAUUCCCUAAAAAUAUUCUAGCUAAGGGCUAUUUGGAUGUAAAUAUUUUCUACACAUAAGGAAAAUACUUUUCUUAAUGUGAACUUUCAGAAAUGGUUAAAAGUAUUUUUAGAGAUUUUGGUUUAAAAGACUCACACUUCACAACACCUGGAUACAAAGAAUAUGGAAUCCAAUGUGCUAUAGUCAUUUAGGAAUACAUAGCUAAAUAUUUGAGAAAUCCUUACCGUCAAUACAGAGACUUCUCUAAGUUAUAUUAAGAUCUAAGCAUUUUGAUAAGCUCUAGUGAUAAAUAUGAAAAGGAGAAUCUAACAAAAAAAGAUGAGCAACAAGCAGCCACAAGUUGGUGUUACAGUUUAGCUUGCAAGUUAAUGGCUAACUAACUCCAUCUAGGCUUUUAAUUAGAUCUUUACGAUUAAUCUGAUUAUUCAUAAAUAUUUUUUGCACUUGAAUUUAUUUACAACAUCUUGGAAAUAAACGCUUCUUCCUACAUUUUAAAAGUUGAUAAAUAGCUCUUAUAAGCUUUCUUUAACAAAUAAAACAUUGAUUUGAUGAAAAAGAAACUCAAGCCUUUCUAAAAAAGAAUCUUCAAUCAAUUCAUUUUCUAUAAAGCUAUGCAAGGAUAUUGUAAGGCAAGUGCCCGUCUUUGUUACAUUAUGGAACAGCUUAAUUUGACUUAAGAAUUUAAUGAUUAAGAAACUAAAAGAAAUAGAUUUAUCAAUAGAUUCAAGAUUUUUGAGAAUGUAUAUUAUUUGAAGUUUUCUACUUAUGAAUAAUUUUAGUAGAAAGUUUCUGAAAUCUGCUCAGACAUUAAAAAUACUGAAGAACUUUCGAAUGGUCUCAACGAAAUAAAAGAGAUGUUCACUCAAUCCUAACAACUUUUCUAAAAAAUACCUUAAGAUGACGAAUCAAUAACAUUAAAAAUGAGAAACGAAGCACAAAAGCUUGUUAGAAUCUGUGUUAUUAGCAGCAUGACUGCCUUAAAAAUUAAAAUGAAGUUAGGAAAACUAGAAAACUAAAAAGCUGUAUUUAAAAAUGCUGAACUAAAUUGGUAUCCUACUUUGGAAAUAGCUUGA